AUGGCUGUGCUACGAGCUACCGAGCUCCGGUUGCUUCUCGUGGCCAUGGCCGUGGCUGCUGUGACGGCGAGGGGCGCUGCCGGUGGCGGCGCGGCGAAGGUUCCGGCGAUCUUCGUGUUCGGCGACUCGACGGUCGACGCCGGGAACAACAAUUACCUGGCCGGAAUCAGUGCCAGGGCCGACUUCCCUCACAACGGUGUCGACUUCCCCGGCGGCGAGCCGACGGGGAGGUUCAGCAAUGGCCUCAUCGGCGUCGACUUCAUAGCGGCUGCGAUGGGGUUCACCAGGAGUCCACCACCUUACCUCUCUCUCAUCGCCAUGGAUGCUAACAGCAGUGGUGAGGUGAUGAGCAACAUGAUGAUGGCAGCUGCAUCCGCCAUGAAAGGAGCCAGCUUUGCUUCCGGAGGCUCCGGUGUUCUUGAUUCCACAGGGACUACAAUCAGCAUGACAAAGCAGAUAGAGUACUUCUCAGAUCUCAGAGACCAGAUUUCGACCAUAUUGAGCGCCGAAAAAGCGUCAACAUUGCUGUCAAAAUCCAUCUUCCUCAUCAGUGCUGGUGGGAAUGACGCCUUUGAAUUCUUCUCGCAGAACAAAUCGCCAGACUCUACAGCAAUUCAGGAAUUCUGUGAAGCUUUUAUCUCCACAUAUGAUAGUCAUGUGAAAACAUUAUACAAUUUAGGAGCAAGGAAGUUUGCAGUGAUCAAUGUGCCAUUACUCGGGUGCUGCCCAUAUUUGAGAAGUCAGAACCCGACCGGAGAGUGCUUCGAACCGCUAAACCAGUUGGCCAAGAGACUGAACGGCGAAAUCCGGGACCUGUUCCGUGACCUCAGCUCCGAAAUGCAGGGAAUGAAGUACUCCAUUGCCAGCUCCUAUGAACUUAUCUCCAGCCUAAUUGAAAAUCCACAAGCUGCUGGUAAGUUACCUCAGUUUAAGCAAAGAGUAAUAUGACCUGGAACUCACACCUCAAACAUUGUCACAGUUCUACUUAGCAUGAAUUGAAUUGUAACCGUCUACUUUUCAGCUAUAUCUGAGAUCUCACAGACUUGCUGAUUGAUUUCAGGGUUUGUAGAGGUGAAGAGUGCAUGCUGUGGUGGUGGUGGCAAGUUCAACGCCGAGGAAGCCUGUACCCCCAGCUCCAGCUGCUGCGCUGACCGUAGCAGAUAUCUCUUCUGGGAUCUCCUCCACCCUACCCAGGCCACCUCCAAGAUUGUAGGCCUUGCCUUCUAUGACGGGGCAGCACGGUUUGUCAGUCCCAUAACCUUCAAGCAGCUGGCCGACGCAUAGCAUUUCGGCAUCAGAACUAGAACUUAGGAUUCACUAGACCAAGACAAUGCUUGUAUCAAUCUACAGCAUGGCAAAGAUGCUGAACUAUCCAAAGAC